UCUUUGCCCAAGAACAGAGUUUUUCUUGAUCACGUCACUUCUAACAGAUAUGAUUUGUAUCUCUUGACAGAAACCUGGUUAAAAGACCACCACUCUAUGACAUCUAUGCUCAAUCAUUGGAUCAAUGAUUAUGCUGUGUUGAGGUGCGACAGAAGUCACAGAGCCGGGGGUGGAGUUUCGAUGUUCAUUAGGAACACAUCAAAUUAUACAAUCAUUAUAUCCGAGUCAGUUCCAGAAGCGGCGGAUAUCGCUUCACCCGAAUUUCGUCUCAGGAUUGUACUGAUAUACAGACCCCCUUCCUCAACCCCUUCUUUUUCCGAGCAGUUAGCAGAAGCAGUUCCCGAUCUGACAACUGUGUCAUUUCCCGUUAUAGUACUAGUUACAUUUGCUUCGCAUGGAUUUAAGCAGUACAUUAAAGAGCCCACCAGGGGCAACAAUAUUUUAGAUCUACUUUUCUCAAACGACCAUGAACUUUUGAGCAAUGUGUCCGUCAACUCAUCGUGUGACUAUACAAGCAUUACAGACUAUCUUUUCAACAUUUUAUGGAUCGAAUCUUUUGAAUCAGUUUCUACGGUAGACGAGAAAUAUGACAAUGAUAAUCUGCCGCCAUUUUCACCAUCGAUUUCAAGUGAAAUGAAUACUUUCCCUCAUUUUGAUCCCAACGACAUUUACGACGCCUUAGUCAAAUGGCCUAUGUCAUAUUCUAUCACUCCAGACCAUAUCCCCUUUGUAUUUGUCAAAAAUGUAGCCCAUGUUGAUGCGUUUCCCCCUUCAUAUUUAUUCAAUCAGUCAAUGAUGUUCUCGGAAGUUUUUAGACUCUGGAAGCACUCCUACAUCACCCCGAUUUUGAAAAAACCACCUUCUUCGGAUAUCUCUAACUACAGGCCGAUAAGUAUCACCUUUUCUGUAGACUUUUUGGGAAAUUGCUCAAGCCGCACAUUCUCCGCCAUCUGGAUCAAAACAAUG